AUGAAGGCUGCUACUGCUCUCUUGACUCUCGCUCUGGCUGGCUUUGCUGCUGCCGAGGCCCAAGUGCCAUUCGACGCGAACACCGACUUCAACCCCGCGUCCUAUAUAUUCAAAAGCGCCAAAUGCCCGGCGGUCAACCGGGAGAAGAAGUCCGUGAAGGAGCUCGAGCAGCAGUAUGUCGACAUCAACCCCACUGCGUCGCGUACGCUCCUACUCGUACACGGCUGGCCGUCGCUCUGGGCGAGCUGGAAGUACCAAAUCGCAGAGUUCCAGAACGACUUCCGUCUUAUCAUACCCAACCUUCGCGGCUUCGGCGACUCAGCGCACCCGGGCGACGUUCGCACGAGCGGUACAAUGCCCGACCUCGUUGGCGACUUGCGCUGCAUCCUCGACGCUGCUGGUGUGAAGGAUCCGGUGGUAUGUGUUGGACACGACUGGGGCACCCAAACGUGCUUCGAAGCAGCCCGUCAAGCGCCGACGCGCGUAGCGGGUGUCGUAGGGAUCACAAUCCCGUACAUGCCCUACGCGGGACCGUUUGUCCCCAUGUCCGCGCUCGUCCCCGAGCUCCCGCACUUGGCGUACCAAGUCUACUUCGACAACAAGACCAAGGCGGCCUCGGCAGAGCUCGAUAAGGACAUACGCCGCACUCUCCGCGCUACGCUGCGCACGGUCGCUUCGCCGCCACCCGAGGGCUUCCUAAGCAGCACGGACAACUUCCUCGGCGCGUAUGGUGACGAGGAGAUCCCGGCUAUUCCAUUCCUCACCGCGACUGAGGAGGAUUACUGGGUCAAGUCGUACGAGAAGCAGGGCUUUGACAAGACGCUGUACUUCUACCAGACGCCUGCGCGCAAGAUGAGCUGGGAAGCGGCGCAGAAGAGCGGGGUGUACUCCAUCUCCCAGCCGGCACUCAGUAUCCUCGACACCGAAGACCCCGUCGCAAACUGGCCCGCCGCAGCCGGGCUCUUACACACGGCCGACUUCCUUCCGCGCCUCACGACCAAAACUAUGCCCGGCGCCCACUGGGUCCAGCUCGAACGCCCUGCCGAAGUGAACGCCUUCAUCCGCGAGUGGCUCACGUCGACAUAUCCGGACAGCAGUUCGUUUUCGGCUAUACCGGCUCCCUCGUCCUCUACGGGGACGGCUAGCUCGAAGACUGCGACGGAGGAGGCGGCUAUGCCGUCGACUGCGGCGCCUACGGCCGCGGCGACUGAAAGUAAGAAGGCGCAUGAGGAGUUGUAA